CCAGGACUUGAGUGCCAAUAUAGCGACCGCGCAGGCGCAUUCGCAGCCGUCGGAGCGAGGGGAGGCCUGGCUAUCCCGUGGAACACGCCGGGGUGCACAGGUGAGCCUGGACCCUGCGGCCCCGACCCGCAGCAGCUCUUUGGACUCUUGCCUGGACCUUUUUCCCAGGGGUGCAUGCCCAGGACCCAGCAAUGACCACUGGUACCCUGAUGGCCAAGGGCCAGGACUCAGUGACCUUCAAGGAUGUGGCCGUGGACUUCACCCUGGAGGAGUGGGGCUGGCUGGGGCCCGGCCAGAGGGAGCUGUACCGGGACGUGAUGCUGGAGAACUACCAGAACCUUCUUUCACUGGGGGCAGGCCUUCCUGGGUCCAAACCUGAUGUGAUCUCCUGUCUGGAGAGAGGGGAAGAGCCAAAGAUGGAGGAGAGAGAGGCCCAGCGAGUUACAUGUCCAGACUUGGAGACAAGCUCUGUAACUACUCAGGAGACGCCUCCAAGAAAGAGCAUUUCUGAAGAGUCAUAUUCUCUGAUGGAAGGAAUUUUGAGGGCUGUGCUUGGAGAUGCCAAGUUGGGAGAACCCCAGGCAUGUCGACAUCCAUUGGAGGACCCAGGAAAACAGGACAGGCAUUUGAAGUGUUUAUUUGCUACUCCUAAGGGAGACACCUCUGAGGAGCAAGGCCUCACAUGUAGUGAGCUCAGGAGGGCCUCAGCCCUCCUUAGGGAGCAAAGAGUGCCUGGUGGAGAGAGGCCCCAGAAGUGGAGCACGCCACAAAAGAGCUUGAAAUGCCAAAGGACCUUCAUGGAGAAGAAACUAUUUAACUGCAUAGAAUGUGGGAAAGCCUUCAUUUACCAUUCAGACUAUAUUCUACAUCAGCGAAUUCACACUGGAGAGAAACCCUACAAGUGCAAUGAAUGUGGAAAAGCGUUCAGCAACAGCUCAUAUUUCAUUCAGCACCACAUCAUUCACACAGGAGAGAAACCUUAUGCCUGCCACGAAUGCAGCAAGACCUUUACUCAGAGCUCAUCACUUACUGAACAUCAGAGGAUCCAUACCGGAGAGAAACCCUACAAAUGCAAGGAAUGUGGGAAGGCCUUCACCCAGAGCUCAUCCCUCAUUAAACACCAGCGAUGCCACACUGGAGAGAAACCCUAUAAAUGUGACCAGUGUGGGAAGUUCUAUUCACAGGUCUCUCAUCUCACCCGCCACCAGAAAAUCCACACAGGGGAAAAGCCCUACAAAUGCAGUGAGUGUGGCAAGGCCUUCUGUCACACUUCCUCCCUGACCCAACACCAGACUAUCCACACUGGGGAGAAACCUUACAAAUGUAAUGAGUGUGGGAAAACCUUCAGCCACAGCUCAUCCCUGACACAGCACCAGCGAGUCCACACUGGAGAAAAACCCUAUGAGUGUGCUGAGUGUGGCAAAGCCUUCAGCCACAGUUCAUCCCUGACACAGCAUCAGAGAAUUCACACUGGUGAGAAGCCUUAUGAGUGUCAUGAGUGUGGGAAAGCUUAUACACAGAUUUUGCACCUCAUGAGGCACCAGAGCCUACACAUUGGGGAAAAGCCCUAUAGAUGCAAUGAGUGUGGAAAGGCAUUUAGUCACACCUCCUCCUUUACUCAACAUCAGACGAUCCACACCGGUGAGAAGCCCUACAAAUGUAUUGAGUGUGGGAAAACCUUCAGCCAGAACUCUUCCCUCACACGCCACCAGAGGAUUCACACUGGGGAGAAACCCUAUGAAUGUAAAGUUUGUGGGAAGGCCUAUACCCAGAUCUCCCACCUUAUUCAACACCAGAGGAUUCACACUGGAGAGAAACCCUAUGAGUGCAGCGAGUGUGGGAAAGCCUUCAGCCGGAGCACUCACCUCAUCGAGCACCAGAAGAUCCACACUGGUGAGAAACCCUAUAAGUGUAAGGAGUGUGGAAAAACCUUCAGUCACAACUCAUCCCUCACUCAACAUCAGAGAAUUCACACAGGUGAGAAACCCUAUGCCUGUAAGGAAUGUGGGAAAGCCUUCAAUCAGAGCAUCCACUUGAUUCAGCAUCAAAGGAUUCACACUGGAGAGAAGCCCUACAAAUGUAACAAGUGUGAGAAAACCUAUAGCCAGAUCUCACACCUUCUUCAACAUCAGAAAGUCCAUACUCGUGGCAAACGCUAUGCAUGUAAAGAAUGUGGAGAGGGUUUCAGCUGGAUUUCAUACCUUACUGAACAUCAGAGAUUUCACACUGGGCAGAACACUUACAUCUGUGAUGAUUUUGAGAAAGCCUUUGUUUGGGGCACACGACUUGUUGAUCAUCAUGCUGACUAGACAACCUAAGCAUGCAACAAACUGGUAGCUGUGCUGUGAGGCUCAGCCCAACAUUCAUCAACAUGUACCUAGGACAGGGCGGGCCCGUGGCUCACUUGGGAGAGUGUGUUGCUGAUAACACCAAGGCCCCAG